AAUCCCUUCUGUGGUGUAAAGCCAUUGAAUUGAUUCCAUGUGAAAAAGCUCAUCAGAUGCUGGGUACAGAGAAGCACUAGAUCAAAUGAUGCUGUUUAGAAAAAUUUCCCAACAGUUGUGUGGCUUAAAGAAACUUCAAUGGUCCUGUGACUCCAGGUACUUCUGGGAAUGGCUGAACACCGUGUUCAAUAAAGUGGAUUAUGAACGCAUCAGGGAUGUUGGCCCUGACAGGGCUGCAUCUGAGUGGUUACUGCGCUGUGGGGCUAUGGUGCGUUACCACGGCCAGGAGAAGUGGCAGAAGGAUUACAACCACCUCCCAACAGGCCCUCUGAACAAAUACAAGAUUCAAGCGAUUGAUGCCACUGAUUCUUGUAUCAUGAACAUUGGAUUUGAUUACAUGGUGGGCCUAGAGCAGGUUGAAAAAAUAAAGUUCUGCAAGUGUCAUUAUAUUGAAGAUAACUGUUUGCAGAAGCUUAGUCAACUUGAAAACUUACAGAAAAGCCUAUUGGAAAUGGAAAUCAUUGCCUGUGGGAAUAUCACAGACAAGGGCAUCUUCGCUUUGCUUCAUUUCAGAAACCUCAAGUAUUUGUUUUUAAGUGAUCUUCCUGGAAUAAAAGACAAAGACCUAAUUGCCAACGCCUUUAAGACUUCACUGCCUUCUUUAGAAAUAAAGUUAAACUUGGAGUAAAAUAAUAAGCGUCUUAUUUAACUGUAACAAAUCAUCUGAAAUUGUUGGUCCUAAAUUGCAGCAGAUAUUCAAUAAUCAACAUAAUAU